CCGGUGAAAUGGUCCAAUUCAACGAUGUGAUUGUGCGGUCCUCCGACGUUGAUAACUGCAUUAUGCUCUUCAAAGCUUAACCAAAACUACCGUUACAGUUAUCUAAUCCAACUUAUCUUUGAUCCCAUUUAUGUUUAUUUCGUGUUGUAUUAAUCAUGGAUACGGCGCCUGGCAAAGACGGUCAAUCUGCUCCCUCUUCCAAGAAAACUUCCAAGAAACCCAUAUAUUCACAAUUCUCACAGCAAGAACUUCCUGCAUGGAAACCAAUUCUAACACCUGGAUGGGUCAUUUCUACAUUUUCUGUCAUCGGAAUCGUCUUCAUCCCCAUUGGUCUUGCUUCAUUGUUUUCUUCAGAGAGUGUGGAAGAAGCUGUAUUCCGAUACGAUGACAGUUGCCUUCCUCCCUCACAUGCUGAAAAUGCAGUGGCAUUUAUUCAAAACGACACCACCAACAAGACCUGCAUUACCAAAUGGAUUGUUGACCAUAAAAUGGAAGCUCCAGUUUACAUCUAUUAUCAGCUUGAUAAUUAUUAUCAGAAUCAUCGCAGAUAUGUUAAGAGUAGAAACGACAAGCAACUGCGGAAUAAGGAAGCUGAAGGAGAAAUGAACAAUUGUUAUCCAGAAGACAAGACAAAAGAUACUAAUCAACCAAUUGUUCCAUGCGGCCUCAUUGCAUGGAGUUUGUUCAAUGACACAUACAGAUUUUUAACCAACAACAAGGACUUGAGUGUAAAUAAAAAGAACAUUGCAUGGAAGAGUGACCAAAGCUCCAAAUUUGGCUCUCAUGUUUAUCCAAAAAAUUUUCAGCGUGGAGAUUUGAUUGGUGGUGCAAAACUCAACGAGAGUUUACCUUUGAGUGAACAAGAGAAUCUGAUCGUUUGGAUGCGAACGGCAGCACUACCCACAUUCAGAAAAUUAUAUGGGAAGAUAGAAAGUGACCUUGAAGUUAAUGAUGAGAUAGAAAUAGUAAUAGAAAACAAUUACAACACAUACAAGUUUGGAGGCAGAAAGACAUUGGUUCUCUCAACCACCACUUGGAUGGGUGGCAGAAACCCCUUCUUGGGAACUGCAUACCUUUUCGUUGGUGCAGUAUCCUUGUUCUUUGCCAUAGGAUUCAUCCUUCUUUAUGUUGUCAAGCCAAGACCACUUGGGGAUCCGUCCUACUUGUCUUGGAACAGAAAUCCAGGGAACAUGAAAUGACAUGCCCAUCUCUUGAAUUUGACCAUUCCCUAUCUUCUUUAUUGCUACCACUUCUUUGU